AUGAGGUUCACCCAGUCAAUUGCACCGGCGUUUCUUUUACUAGCGACGGGGUUUUCCCACGCAGCCUCCACUUGGGGGUUCGACGACGGAAAUGUUCAGAUUGCGGCUAAGAAGUCGGGCGAGUCUAUCAAGGAAAAGCUUACCUCGAAGAACCCUCUGCCGAACCCGGUGACCUUGGGCAACACCGAUACGCUCAAGUUGAUCUUAACUGCGACGGAUAAUGGGAAAGGGAAGCGGCCGCACCAAGCGUUCCUUGUGUUGCAGGAGCCCGAGUCGGGGCUUGAGGCGCCCUUCCCAUUGACCGUCAAGGAGAGCGGAAAGGCAGCUGUGCAGUUGUCGCAAAAAGACCUUCCCACCCAGUUCCGCGUCGCUACCAAGCCAUUGAAAGCCUCGGUUGUGCUCGCCUCUUUUGGAUCUUCCGAAGGAUUCAACGCCCCCGUUUUCGAAAUCAAAAUCGACCAAGAUACAAACGCGGCGGCUCCCAGCUAUGAAAAGCCCCUCCGCUACGGCAAGCAGCCCGAGAUCCACCACAUCUUCCGCCCAGACCCGAAGAGCCCGCCAAAGAUCAUCUCGCUCAUCUUCGGGUUGGCCGUGAUUGCUACGCUUCCGGCACUUCUUAUCGUCUGGGUUACACUCGGCGGAAACGUCAACCACCUGUCGAAGGCUAUUGGGACAGCGCCCUUCUCUCAUGCCGCUUUCUUUGGGUCAAUCGUGGCUAUGGAGUUUGUUUUCUUCCUGUAUUACACCAGCUGGAAUCUAUUCCAAGUACUGCCGGUUAUGGGGCUCGUCGCCGCGGUGUCGGUGCUCAGCGGGACUAAGGCGCUGGGUGAGGUUCAGUCGCGGAGACUCGCGGGGGAACGUUGA